GUGCCAAACAAGUGGACAUUGCUAGCAGGUAUUGCGCUGGUCUUUUUCUUAAUGUUAAAGUACGCAGUUUACUUAAUACAUUUUAAGAGACAAAAUCAAAUUGUGACUGCUCUUUGAGUUUAUUUGUGACCUUCCUUUGUUUAUCUACUAAAACAAGGUGAGUAUCCUAUCAUUUCAUCUGCCGCAGAGCCGGUCUUUCCAGAAACUCUUGCUUGGCCAAACACUUGCCACAAGAAUGCUACGAACAGAAAUCAGGCCUUAUCCUUCUCCUAGUUUCUUUUCAAGGUUUUUUUUCCAAGUUCAAGUGGCUUUUAUUGUCAUUUCAACGAUAUACAGUGAAAAGAAAAAGAACGGACAUUUAGUGCAAAAACGUGACACAAAGGUCUUGUGGUCUGAUGCGGCACAGUUCCCAAACCAGUCUGUGAUGCAGCUGCUCAGGAUGCUCUCAAUAGUCCCUCUGUAGAAGGUCAGGAUGGGGGGGAGCGAGGUGGGCUUUUCUCAACCUUCGUAGGAAAAAGAGCUUUCUUGGUGAUGGAGCAAGUGUUGAGGGACCAGCUGAGGUUCUCCGCCAGGUGGACACCAAGGAAUUUGGUGCUCUUUACGAUCUCCACUGAGGAGCCGUUGAUGUACAGCGGUUAGCUGUAGAUUUCACUGAAGACUGUUGCAUCUCUGUGGCAAAAAAAGCCAGCGGUAUCGAAACCCAGCACUCAAUCUUCACUCUUUCACACCCUAAGUCAUCAUGACCACCUCGUCUUUACGGCGGCAGGUGAAGAACAUCGUCAACAACUACACGGAUGCGGAGAUCAAGGUCAGGGAGGCGACGUCCAACGACCCGUGGGGUCCUCCCACCUCGCUCAUGCUGGAAAUCGCAGACCUGACCUUCAACGUGGUGGCGUUCACAGAGGUCAUGGGCAUCAUCUGGAAGAGGCUCAACGAUCACGGCAAGAACUGGCGGCACGUGUACAAGGCCCUCUCCUUGCUGGACUACUUGAUCAAGAUGGGAUCAGAGCGCGUGGCCCAGCAGUGCAAGCAGAACAUAUAUGCCAUCCAGACUCUGCAGGAUUUCCAGUACAUUGACCGAGACGGUCAGGAUCAGGGCGUGAACGUGCGGGAAAAGUCCAAGCAGCUGGUGUCCCUGUUGAGGGACGACGAGCGGCUCAAGCACGAGAGAUCCCAGGCGCACAAGACCCGCGAGCGUGUGGCAGGAACCAGCAGUGCCAUGGGAUAUGGAUCUUUACCGCCUCCUUACCCGGGGCGCCGCACCAGUCAGCCCAGCAUGACAGCGCUGUAUGGGGAAGAGAUCGGCAGAUCUAGGGGCUCACCGACCUCCUUCAAUUCCUCCUCAUCCUCCCCUCAUCUGGCCCCUGAUCUGGAGCGGGCCCGGCCGCAGACGAGCGGAGAGGAGGAGCUUCAGCUGCAGCUGGCCCUGGCCAUGAGCCGAGAGGAGAGCGAGAAGGAACAGGAUAUGACAUCAGAUGUCAGACGGUGCCCCGACACAGUAUCAGAGCCCCCUCCUGCUGUAGAUAUCGAUGAGCAGACGCAACUGCAGAUUGCGAUGAGUCUCAGUAAAGAGGAGGCGCAGAAGCCGGCGCCUCCACCCGCAGCUGCUGCUCUGGACAUGGAUGAAGAGGCACAGCUCCAGCUGGCCCUCAACCUCAGUAAAGAGGAACAUCAGCAGGAGGAACGCAGUCGUCAGGGAGACGAGUCGUUGCUUCAGAAAGCUCUGGAGGAGAGCAAACGAGACUUGGAGGCCAGAGGAGGAGGAUCUGCCAUGCUGGAUCUUGUAGAUAUUUUUGUUCCAGCCCCUGAUGUGCCUUCUAGGGCCAAUCCUUGGGAUUCAUCCGGAGGCCAUAGCGCCCAGGCUGGUCCUAGGAGAGGCGACCCCUGGGACUGUGUGGAGCCCAGCUCUUUAAAUGCUAGACAUGGUAGCUCAUGGAUGGCACCACCUGCUUCAAGCGUUCAUUCCCAGCCUUGGGCACAGCGACAUCCUGACCCAUGGGAGGCUCCUCAGAGUGGCCAGAACCCUGCUUCUGUGAAUCAGACGUGGACAUCCCCUGCACAUACUGGAACUGGCGUUGAUCCCUUUUCUCCCCUACCUGCAGACAAACAAGGAUCUAUUGGUCCUCUCAGAACUCCAUCUCCUCGGGCAGCAAGUCCUUCAGAUGACGAUCUUUUCGAUGAGGCUAUGGAUGGAGGUCAGGCAAACGUGAACGGCCACGGCAGUCCUGAGCUUUUCAAUAUGUCUUCCCUUGGUGAAAGUCUACCAAAACCAACUCCUCAAACCUGCAGCACCCCAGAGGCGUUCCUGGGCCCCACUGCGGCAUCGCUUGUCAAUUUUGACUCUUUGAUACCCUCCAACCCUCCUGCCAAGAACUUCAACCCAUUUUUAUCAGGACUAAGCGCUCCCUCAGCAACUAAUCCAUUCCAGCAGGAACAACAGCGUCUCACUCUAAACCAGAUGCGUCCCAGUUCCACAUCGCCUGUACCCACAUCUCUCCCCUUUAAUACCGCUCUACCCAUGUCUGCCAGCAAACAGCCCAUGUCCCUGCCCAGUACCUUCACCCAGCCUUUGCACGCCCCGCUGGAAGUCACUGGAAACCUUCCCCAACCGCUGCUACCCCUUUCAACGACAUCCACGCUUGGAGAUCCAGACCAACACAACCAGAAUCCAUUCCUAUAAAAUAUAACUCAUCCAGACCUAAACUGGCCGGACAGCAUCUACUGGUUUGAAAAAGACAAUGCUUUUAAAAGACUACCAGCUGGAACAGUAGUUUAUUUGACCUACUUGUUUUUGUAUGGCUUGGCUUUUUUUCACAGCCUUCUGGUUUUGCUCUUUGCAGUUACUCUUAUAGGCCGUUCACACAUACAGCGAUUUGUAGUGACAAAAGUAGUUUUCAGUUUUACUGAUGAAAGUGAUUUUACAAUAGAAGUGAAGAUGACGAACUGAGUCUUAAUCUUCGGGAAAGGUGGUCAGCAGUGCUCAUCUUGGAUUGCGGUGCCUUGUCAGCCAAACAUAUAAUGGACUUGAUGUCAGUCGGUAAACACUGAGUGGGUGGUCGCAUAAAACAAAUCACAAAUUUCCACCGACUUCUCAUAUAAAACAGCUGUUUUGAAGUAGACUUCAUGUAUAGCACACUCCAAAUUACAUAGGAUCACUUUAAAAAGAGGCAAUUCGUAACUUUUUCUGGUUAAAAUUAAACAAAAAUCAGUUAUCGAGCAGUACCUAAACAAGCAAUGUUUAAAACAAUCUACUUAACUUAUAACUAGCCACAACGGUUAAUUUAUAUGCCCGGUUUCACAGACAAGGCUUAAGACUAGUCCCAGACUAAAAUAAAUGUUUGUUUGAGCUGUCUUAACUGAAAAUAACUUGCCCAAACAGAUCUUAAAACAUGUCAUUGUUUUGUCUCAAGAUGCACACCAGUAAUGCCUUUAUCUACGGCAUUUUAUUAAAAGCAAUUUAAAUGUCCUAAUUUAACCAAGGAAUAGUCCUGGCUUAAGCUAAACCUUGAUUGUGAAACCGGGCCAUAAUGAUUUAUAAUUUAAGAUGUCGGGUUGGAUUUGGCAGAAUUUUUUUUCAACACUUCAGUACGUGAAGUAACCUGCAAUUUUAUGUUUCAAACAGGAGUGGCAACAGAGAGACAAAAGUUACAGAUUGCAGCUAGUACUGAAGUGUUUCCACACAAAAAUACUUUGUUCAGUGCAGUGAGACUUCAACUGAAACAGAGCAGCCUUUAGUUUUCCUGUUUAUUUUUGGGGGGGGAUCUGGCCAUAGUGAUCAUUGGAAAUGCAUGAUAGGUGUGUCCAGUGAUGCAACAAAGUUAUGAAAAGUUUACCUUUAUGCAAAUGAGCAACGACACAACAUAGCGACUACCAGUAGGAGUGAAGACAGGGUUCAUGUAAUCUGUCUUCUGUGAGAUACUGUAGUAUUGUAUGUGAGAAUGUAUUUUAAUUAUGUUAGAUUCAUGCAUUGAUAAUCGUUCAUUUAGUUUGGGAUGUGACCCAUUGCUGCAAAUUAUAUACUGCUGCUCUUCUCUGGAGACUGUUAAAGGUCCAGUGUAUGAAAUUUAGCAACAUCUAGCAACCAACAACUCACUCCACUCCUCCCUUUUGAAGCACUACGGCUGCUGACACAGGGCAUCACGUUUUCAUGAUUUGCCGAAGGAGAUAACGUAUUUACGAAACACGCUCUGUAGAGCAGUUUGUCCAUUUAGGGCUACUGUAGAAACAACAUAGAGAAUUCCAUGAAAGGAGACCAGCGGUGUAUGUAGAUAGAAAUAACUCAUUCUAAGGUAAUAAAAACAUAACGCUUCAUUAUGUAAGACAUAGUUAUGUAUAUUAUUUUCUGACAAUAGAUCCUCCAAAAAAUUACAUACUGCACCUUUAAUUCAUAGUUGUCAGAUUAGAAUGACAUCUUUUAUCUCCUGUAGAAAUAUAAUUUGAUGUUCAGAUUGUUAAAAGCUGUGGCCAGUUGUGCAGAUCACAGAUAACGUUAGACCAUCUAGCAGUAGAUCUGACUGCUUAGGUGACCUCCAGCAAUAAAAUCGCUGUUUGUGUAAAUGUGCGACCAUCACCUGUGCAUCACAAGGCAAUACAGAACGAUGCAAGCUUCUCAACAAAUACAACUCUACUGCUCCGCCAGACAUAAUCUUACAUUAAACACACCUCAUGCUUUCAGUAUCGAAUACUUUUACUAUUCGUAAGUCAAUACAUAAUCAAGCACAAGUCCAAAACCUCUCAUACCUUUGUAGGAUUAUUCUAAUGUUAUGCAACAAUUUCUAGGUCUGCUUUAAUGUCCAUUUAUUAGUCUGGAAUAUCUGAUGAUUUCUUGAAAUGCUAUUUACUUGAGAUGAACUGAAAUCUGGGGAGGUGAGUCAAACCCAGGCAGAUGAUGGAUCUAAUGUGGGUGUGGCUUCUAUUACCAGGAUGUCAGAUGAUAAAAGGGACGAAGAUUUUGGGGCCAUUAAUUUAAAGAGCAUAUGAUUUUAUAAAAUGGGCAUUGAUGCUGAAUGAACAGACUUCCAGCAAGUGAAUGUAAAUACUGUGGUAUUCUGAAUGAAUUAAUGUCACAUACUAACAGAAUGUAAGAAUGUUGCACAUGACAUGUUGCUCAACAAAUACAAAAAUGAAAAUAACAU